AUGUUGAGAACUUUGGUUAGAAGAUCGCUUAUAAAGAACACUGGUUUGGCUACCAGAGCUACGAGAUUAUCAGCUGUUACCAAGAGACUACAAUCAUCUGCACCAAAACCUGCAACUGAAAAGUCUGAUAAAAAAGCUUGGUGGAUUGUUGGUCUAGUUAGUGCUGCUUUCGCUGGUGGUACCUAUGUAUGUACCUGGGAAAGGGAAGAAUUGCAAAAAGAAAGAGAUGGUAAGAGUGUCUUGGUUGAUGAUGCUGUUACUCCCUUCCCUGUUGUUAUCUCACGUCCAACCUAUCCAUUAUCCACUAAGUAUGACAUUCUUGGUUCAGGAAUCAGAUCUGUCUCGGUAUUGACCUUUAAGGCUUAUGCUCUAGGUAUUUACAUUGCUAGACAGGAUAAGCCAAAGGUGGCUCAAGUGUUUGAUUCCACUUUCAUGUCCAAGAACUUUAUCGAUAUGGAUGAAAACAAGAGCCACGCUGAGAAUGUCAAAAUUGCUCUUGAUGAUCCAGAAAAGUCACGUAUUCUAAUAGAUAACCUAUUAGACAGCAACAUCAGAAUGGUGGCUAAACUAACUCCAAUAAAGAACGCCUCUGCAAAGUUGUUAAAGGAAGGUAUUAUCAAAAAUGUACAAAUGCACCCUGAUGCGUCCAAAAAUAAAGAAACUUUGGCAAUGGGCAUAAAAGAAGUUGAAGAAGCAAUUAAAAUCAAGGGCCCUGUUCCAAAGGACGAUGAUUUUCUAAUGGAACUACUGGCGGACGGAUCACUAAAGUUCAGUUAUUACAACAGAAGAAAAGAUAUUGUCAACGAGCUUGGUACUGUACACCAACCAUUAGUCGGCAAGUAUUUGUUUGCUCAGUAUUUAAGUGGUUCUAACCCAGUUUCACCAGGAACUAAGGACCAAUGUGCCGAAACACUAGCUUCACUAGUUUAA